AUGUACGAGUAUCACGAUGUCCCCACGGCAGGACAUCCGGGACGUGACAAGAUGUAUUCUCUUCUCGCCCGAGACUUCUACUGGAACCACCAGUACAAGUGGGUUCGCAAGUACUCCGUUUCGAUGGACUUCGUGUUUGGUCUUUCGCGCGAUUCCAGGCGGAAGAUUGGUAUCGUGACCGUCGUUAACCGUUUCAGCAAGAUGACGGAAAAGCAAACCGAGCGCGUGAACCGCGUGCUCGUGGACUUGCUGAAAAGCUACGCCCAGUCGUUCCACAACUGGGAUGACUACUUGCGGAUGGCCGAGUUCGCCAUCAACAAUGCGGUGCAUGCCUGA